AUCAUACGAAUAUAUUUCUGUUCACGUUAAAAUGUUGGGAUACAAUGUAUGUUUCGCUGUGGGGCUUAUUUGCGUUAUUCAUUGCGGCUACAGCCCGUUAAAAAUUGAUAUAGAUAGGGAACUACCUGUUUUUAGUCACGAAGAGCUCAGCCAAUACAAUGGAAAAGAUACAGAAAAGCCGGUAUAUUUGGCUGUUAAAGGUGUUGUUUUCGAUGUUUCCGAAGGAAGACGAUUCUACGGCCCUGGUGGAAAUUACCACAUGAUGGCUGGAAAAGAUGUUUCUAGGGCAAUGGCUACCCAAGAAUUAAUGGACCAAGAUAUGACGCAUGACGUUGCAGGAUUGUCGGAUGAUCAACUGCAAAGCUUGGAUAAUAUGUUUACAAAGCUAUAUUUAACAAAGUAUAAGAAAGUUGGUUACAUGCAGUAUUUGUUAGAAGAAAAUGGUAAAACGGAACUUUGA